UGUUAGAGACUGAGAUGAGUGCAAGUGAGAGAAAGUAUGGUCAUGCUUCCCCCUCUGGGGAGAAGAAGUCCAAGAAGAAGCCUAAGAGGAAGGAAACCUAUUCAAUCUAUAUCUACAAAGUACUGAAGCAGGUGCACCCGGACACUGGCAUCUCCUCUAAGGCCAUGAGCAUCAUGAACUCCUUCGUCAAUGACCUCUUUGAACGUCUGGCCUCGGAGGCCUCUCGCCUGGCCCAUUACAAUCACCGCUCCACCAUCACCAGCCGGGAGGUGCAGACAGCCGUGCGGCUCCUGCUGCCUGGUGAGCUGGCCAAGCAUGCUGUCUCUGAGGGCACCAAGGCUGUCACCAAAUACACCAGCAGCAAGUGACUGGCCAGACCCCAAUAAAGUCCCAUUGCACUGAG